CCAUUUUGAGCACAUGACUUGUGGUACUCCAGUGAGCCACAACAACAGUAACAUUUGUUCGGUUAAUGUGUUGUCUAGCUAGUGUUUCAUAUUCUAUCGUUUGCUUGUUAUUUAAAAAAUGAAGCUGCCAUGUUUAGUUGUUGCUCUGUGCUUCGGAGUAGGUGUAAUGGCCGGGAAAUACUCACGCGACGUGAACGAGCCCAAGUCUAGUGAUGGGCAGAAGCUGGAAUUUAGGAUAGCUAAAUUGGACCAGGUGUGGAACAAGGCUAACAGGAUGCAGCUCUCCCCGGUGCGGCAGUCCGAGCUGCACAGUGAUCUGAAGAUCCAGGAGAAAGAUGAGCUGCAGUGGAAGAAGCUGAAAGUGGAGGGGCUGGAUGAAAACGGAGAGAAAGAGGCCCAGCUCCGACGUAACUUUAAUGUGAUUCUGGCCAAGUAUGGGAUGGAUGGCAAAAGAGACACUCGAUCACUGGAGAGCAACCACCUGAAGGACCACGACAUCAAAGAGGGAGACACAUUUGAAGAUCCCAGGCUAGACAAACUCUGGAACAAGGCCAAGACCUCGGGGAAGUUCUCAAGCGAGGAGAUGAUGAGUCUGAAGAGGGAGUUCCAGCACCACAAGGACAAGACGCACGAGUACAACAUCCUGAUGGACACCAUCAGCAGGACGGAGGAAGAAAUCCACAAGAAUGAGAUCUCUGCUCUGGAGGGCGACACCAAGGAGCACGUGCUGCACCAGAAGCACUCGGACCUGAAGCAGAAGAUGAGUAACCUGAACCAGGGCUUCGAGCGCCUCCGCAAGAUCAGCCGCGAAGGCUUCUCUACAGACAGCGAGUUCCGGGAGCCCCGUGUGAUUGAACUGUGGGAGGCGGCCAAGAGAGCAAACCUCAGCGACAACGAGCUGGACUCUCUCAAGGAGGAGCUGCGUCACUUUGAGACGAAGGUGGAGAAGCACAGCCACUACCAGGAGCAGCUGGAGCUCUCCCACCAGAAGCUGCAGCACGUGGAGUCUCUAGGAGACAAGGAGCACAUCAAGAGGAACCAGGAGAAGUACAACACCAUCGCUGAGAAGACCAGGGAGAUGGGUUACAAGAUGAAGAAACAUAUGCAGGACUUGUCCAACAAGAUUUCUCGCGAGGGGCUGGAACACAACGAGCUCUGAGGAUCAACAACUGAAACCAUUCCCUCCACAACCACACGCAGCAUUCCCCUUCAUCUACUGUCCAAACAGAUCAGGGUUUUCUACUCUUCUCGUGUUAUACGUCCACUCUUCCCUUUUAAUCACUGAAUGAAUGAAAUGUUUGUACAUAAUAUCAGUUUUUGUAUGAUUCAGCUGGAUUUAUUCAGGUGACAAACUAGUCCGAUUAUCAGUCACAUAAAAUAAAGAUGAAUUAGUUUA